UCCGAAUAAUGAUGGCAUUAAGAAGAAGGCGACAUGUGGCUCCAGAUAUAAGAAAUAAUGCUCACCAGUAUAUGAGAAGCUUGCGGGGGCCAGAGACAAAUACGCUUUUUAUAGGAUAUGCUAUAAAUCAUGGAACUGUGGAUCCAAGUACACCUGGGGUCUACAAUAAUCCCAGUACAGUUGUGUUCACAUUCAACGGAACCUCGUGUCCUGAUCAUUUUACCGAGUACUUUCAUUUCCAAAAGGCCACCAUUCCGCAUGUUGAUCCUGCGCUGAUUCGACGAGUCACUCGGUGGAUAAUUGAAGACUUCAGAUCCCAUCGUGAAGUGCUCCCUGAUUUUAUUAUUGUGCUCCGAGAUCAAGUUCGCGAUGAUCUACAAUCAACGGUAGAACAUCAAGAGUUCACAGCUUUCAAAGAAGAAAUAUCAACAUAUAUAGAGACUGCAUCAAAUCUUCCAGAAUGGAAUCCUCGAUUUGCAUUUGGAUUGGCUCCAUGGCGACCAGAAAAUACGGAACCACUCGUUUAUUUGUUUCAAGAUGACGGAAUUUUCCAAUCAAACGAAGAAUUUCAAAACUUAAUUGUUAACAUGUUUAUAACAAUUAGAGUUCGUAAUCAUCGAUUUUCUCUUCUUGAACCUCUUUGGAAUGCUGAAAACAAAGCUGGACUGUGGACUAAAUUUUUUCCCAGUUACGCAGCUUUCAGAGAAGCACACAACAAUGCUCUACCUCGAAUUGCUAACUCUUCUCAAUAUGAUUUUGAUACAAUCUCGCUCCAACUUCACAUUGACCCAGAAGUUUGAUAUCUAAUUCCAUUUCCUACAAUACAAUCUUUGAAUUCUCUUAAUCAUGAAAUUAUGAAAAAUUGAAUAAAAAAUUUUUAAUGAAA